AACAAAUAACAACAUAACAUCGUACGGAAUCGUACUCGUCCGGCAGCGGUAGUCCUGCAGUCCCGUUGUUGCACUCUUCGUGUGCGCUCGUGCCGGUCGUUCGCGUCUUGUUGUCUGCUGUUUAACGCGUAUCGUCUUCUCCACGUCCGAAAAGCCUUGUCGUCGUCGUCGUUUAAAUAGAUAAUAUCACGACACAAUCGAUUGAUUUUCAGUCAUGAACGGAUUCAAUAAUCAUGAAAUCAACGAAGGAGGUCAUAAGCAUUCAGUAUCACCAUGCAGUUGCUGGACAAUUGGUUUGGUCAAUGUUGAUUCUAAGCGUUAUUUAACAGCCGAAACAUUUGGGUUCAAAAUCAAUGCUAAUGGUGCAUCGUUAAAAAAAAAACAAUUAUGGACCUUGGAACCAAGCUCUAAUAAUUCACUAUUAAGUGAUGGUCCUACUACGACAAUUCGACUUCGAUCACAUUUAGAUAAAUACUUAGCAGUAGAUACUUUUGGAAAUGUGACUUGUGAUGGCGAUGAUCCUACUGAUCCCGGAACUGUAUUUCAAGUUUCUGUAACUGAUGGGAACUCUGGUAGCUGGGCAUUGAAAAACGUAGUACGAGGUUACUUUUUAGGUGCUUCCUCAGAUAAUCUUAAAUGCACGGCGAAAGCAGCAGGAUCCAGUGAACUAUGGCUAGUUCAUUUAGCUGCAAGACCUCAAGUGAACCUGAGAUCAGUUGGACGAAAACGUUUUGCUCAUUUGUCUGAAAACUUAGAUGAAAUUCAUGUUGAUGCAAAUAUACCUUGGGGCGAGGAUACACUUUUUACCCUCGAAGUGAGACCUGAUGAUGACUUCAAAUAUGCCAUACACACAUGUAACAAUAAAUAUCUAUCUAGAGAUGGAAAAUUAGUAGACACGUGUACAUCCAAUUGUUUAUUUUCACUUGAGUACCACUCAGCUGGGUCUUUAGCUUUGCGAGACAAAGUUGGUGGUUAUUUAUCUCCAAUUGGUUCUAAAGCACUUCUUAAAACACGAUCACAGACAGUUACCAAAGACGAGUUGUUUACUCUUGAAGAUUCUUUGCCACAAGCAAGUUUUAUUGCUGCUCUCAAUUCAAAAUAUGUAUCAGUUAAACAAGGGGUGGACGUUACAGCUAACCAAGACGAAAUAUCCGAUCACGAGACUUUUCAACUGGAAUUCGAUCCUUCCACUAAAAGAUGGUACAUACGUACAAUGCAGGACAGGUAUUGGACUCUCGAAACCGGAGGUGGAAUACAAGCUGUUGCCGAUAAGAAAUCAUCGAAUGCUCUAUUUGAGUUGGCAUGGCAAGGGGAUGGAUCAGUUUGCUUCCGUGCGAAUAAUGGUAAAUACGUCUCUACAAAGCGGUCUGGUCAUCUAUAUGCAAAUGUUGAUGCUAUUGAUGAUGCUUGCAAAUAUUUCUUUUACCUCAUAAACAGACCAAUAUUGGUAUUAAAAUGUGACCAAGGAUUUGUUGGAUACAAGUCAUCAUCAAGCCUACGCCUUGAAUGUAAUAAGGCAUCAUAUGAGACUAUACAAGUUGAACGGUCUGAUAAAGGAAUUGUAUUUUUUAAAGGUCAAACUAACAAAUAUUGGCAUGCAAAUGACGAAGGCGUUUCUGUGGAAUCUGAUGUACCUGAAGGAUUUUUUAUUGAAUUAAGAGAACCAACGAGGAUAUGCAUUAAAAGUGUUACGGGUUAUUAUCUGUCUGCUGGAAAAAAUGGAAUGUUUAAACUUGGUGAUGGAGAUUAUAACAAUGCCACGAAAUGGGAAUAUUAAUGAGUAUAAUAUACAACAAUAUUAUGAUAUCUUUGAAUACGUGUGCACUACCAAAUGGGCAAAUAAAACUGAAAUAAAAAAUAGUAGGUGUGCUUAUGAAUACGACGGGACUUUUUUAAUAUACAUAUGUAUAACAAUAAACAAUAAUAAUGUUAAAUCAAAUA